GGUUCUAACAGUAAGUAGUGUGAGCAUAAAAAUGUCGUGCAUAGCAGUAAAAGCUGAUAAAUAGUUUUCAUUUUAUAUCUAAAAAUGAUGCAAAUUAAAGGAUUCAUUUUUUGGUAAAAAAAAUAAGAACUACUCUGAAAGACACUCGUAAACCAAAUUGGUUCUUGAUGAAGUUUCACAAAACUUUUAUUUGCAACGGAUUAGCCUUUUAUAGUCAUUGAGUAAAUAUUAUUUCUUCUUGUAUAGGAUUACUUUCAACACUUGUUACAUUUUUAACCUUUCGGCGAAUUUGGAUUUUACGGCCUUGUAUUCAAGUCAAAACCGAUGUUUAAUCUUCGAUAUCCUAACCUUCUUUUUCUUGCUCUUCCACUUCCUGAAUGUUGUCUAAGAGAAUCAUUUGAGACAUUUCGAAAUUUUCUUGGAAAUUCUUUUCUGAGUACAAGCUAUCGUGGACCUCGAGUGUCUCAUUUGACAAUUGGAAUGAUCCCGGUAAACUCAGAGGAGGAUGUGCUACGUUCUAUAAAUCAUCUGAAGAAUAACACCGACAAUUUUCAAAAGGCUUAUGGAGAUGAGCUACAAACAAUCGAUUUACAAGGGACCUCUUAUUUUGGAAAAUCGCCUGACGAGGCUCGCGUCUUGUAUGCAGUACCUCAAGAGCAGCAUGGACGAGUUAAUGUUCAGAAAUUUUGUGAAUACCUUCGAAAAUCCUUUGAAGAUGCUGGCAUUUUUAUUAAAGACAAUCGUCCCUUAACAUUACAUUGUACACUGUUAAACGCAAGAUAUAUGAAACGAGGGAAAAAGCGCUUAAAGCACUUUGAUGCAAAGCCAGUGUUGGAGAAGUUCGUAAACUACUCAUGGGCUCAAAACAUGAGCCUAUCAAAACUGUGCAUUAUGAAGACUGGUGCUGUUGGACCGCCUGGGGAUAUGUAUUACGAAGAGAUAGAUUCAAUUUCAUUGCAUUAAGCUUCUAUUUUAUUUGUUUUCUUGUCUUACUGAUUCUGUUUAUAAGUCGAGUAUGUGGUUAGGUCUAUGUAAACAAACAAUCGAAGAAGCAGU